UAUAAACUAAUUUAUCAAACACAACCCUAGAUUAUUCAUCCACAUUUAUCUGCAGUGGGCUCUCUCAAACUAAUUUAUCAAACACAACCCUAGAUUAUUAAAAAUUAACGAGCCUUAACUAGUUUUCGCAAUCAAAUGGACUCGUGCAUGUAGAAAGUAGAUUAUGGAGUAUAUUUUAAUUUUGAUUUUGAUUAUUAAUAGUAUUAAUUUUGCCGAAUCGCCGCCGUCCGUGUCUGGUCUACCCGUCGCUCAUUGUCAACAGCCACCGGUCGCCGCCGCGUCGUUUCAGUAGUCACCGUCGCUGCGGAAUCGCCGCCGUCUGAGUCUGGUAUGCGGUGUCGCUCAUCGUCAACAGCCACCGGCCGCCAUCUCUUGUUGUUUGUUCGAUUCAAGGUCAAUUUCACAUCUCCCUCACUUCCUAAAGCCCUAAAUGUGAGCUAUAAUUUACUUCCAUCUCCAAAGCAACAACGAUCCCUCAACAUCAGGGCUACUGCGAACUUUUACAAAUAUGCAUUUCUACUGUUGAGACACUGAAAAUAAGGCUUAAAGCGUUUGCCUUUAGUGUUCGGUUGGAGCAGAUUUUUGACUGCAAGCUCAGAUGUCGUUCGGUUGGAGACGCCUUAAAUUUUAUGAUAUUAUCAAACUUUCUCAAGCUUGUGAUUGAUUUCAAGAUUGUUUUCUUGAAGCUACAUUCCUUCAUUAAAUUUCAGAUAACAGAGGGGAAGAUGACCCCUGUCUCAUCCAAGCUUUAUGCAGGUCCUCUUUUCUUCUAUGAUGUGAGUCUGUUGAUGGUACUAAUUGACACGAAUCCAUUCUUUUGGAACUCGGCUCAAUCCACGCUUCCUUUCUCCAAGUUCUUGACCCAUGUACUUGCAUUUUUGAAUUCUAUACUUUUGCUGAAUCAGAUGAACCAAGUGGUUGUCAUUGCAGCUGGUUAUAAUUCGUGUGGCUACAUAUUUGAUUCCUCAGACCCACAGAGCCAAAAUCAACGGGCAGAGGAUUUACUGGAUAAAUUGGAGGAAUUUGUGGACAAUGACCAGGAACUAUGUCGUGAACAGUCUGUGGAUGGCCCUGGGUUCUCACUUUUAUCUGGUUCCCUCUCGAUGGCCCUUUGCUAUAUUCAGAGGGUCUUCCGUACAGUGCCGCUUCAUCCCCAGCCUCGGAUAUUAUGCUUGCAUGGAUCUCCAGAUGGACCUGGACAAUAUGUAGCAAUCAUGAAUUCAAUUUUUUCUGCUCAGCGAUCAAUGGUUCCUAUAGAUGCAUGCGUGAUAGGAGCUCAACACUCUGCUUUCCUACAGCAGGCUUCUUAUAUAACUGGUGGUGUAUAUCUGAAGCCGCAGAUAUUGGAUGGUUUGUUUCAGUAUCUUUCGACAGUGUUUGCUACUGAUUUGCAUUCUCGUUGCUUUUUACAACUUCCUAAGCCUACAGGAGUAGACUUUCGUGCGUCGUGUUUCUGCCACAAAAACACAAUUGAUAUGGGCUACAUUUGCUCUGUUUGUUUAUCUAUAUUCUGCAAGCAUCAGAAGAAAUGUUCUACCUGUGGAUCAGUGUUUGGUCAGGCCCAAACACAGGACUCCUCGACAACACCGGACCGGAAGAGGAAGACACUGGUGGAUGGUUAGGUCCUCAGCUGCUUUGAGGCUAAUUUCCAUUUGAGUUGUUGGUCUCAAUGUUUUUCUGAUGGUUAUUGCUCUCAUAAUCUAAUAUAGCCCUUUGUCUAAUUGUUUCUAAAUAGAUUCCCUCCCAUCCCCAGUAAAAUUCGAUGCUAACAUUGGCAGUGAUGCCCACUUCCAAGAAUAAAACCGUUUAAAAGCAAAGUCAUCGACGAUUACUUGGAUGCGUCGCAUUUUGUCAAGCUUGUUGAAAGUAAAAUUACUGUUUCCCAACUUUAUCA